GAGCUGCUUUGCAGGUCAUGCCUGACGAGGACCCUGAACAAGCUGGAGACCAUGAUGACCAUCCUGCAAGGGGAGACCACGCAGGGCACAGUGACACCGACGGGCAUUGCUGACAACAUCCUCAACAUCACAGGUGACCUUAUUCACCUUGUCAACACAGUCUCACAAGAAUCGAAGCCCCAGGAACUGCUUAGUGAUCCCCACAAUUUUCUGCUAGCUCCCAAAGCUUACAACUUGUCUUCCAGCCUGAUGCGCAUCCUCAUGAAGUCUCGAGUGCUUAAUGAAGAGCCACUUGAGCUGGUGGGAGGAGAAAUUAAGGCCACGGGCAAGCGGUCUGAUCCCUUCAACUUGCUUUGCUAUGAGAACACACCCAACUGCCAGUUCUCCAUUCCCCAGGCUUUCAACACCACCCUUUCCAACCUGACGGAUGUCAUUCAAGUCAUGUUUCAGGUGGACUCCAAUCCUUUCCCAUUUGGUUACAUCAGCAACUACACCGUGUCCACAAAGGUCGCGUCCAUGGAGUUCCAGACACACAACGGCGUGCAGAUCCCCAUCGGGAGCCUGGACUCCGAGAAGGCCAUUACGGUGAUGGUAUCGAACAACACGGAUGCUGACGAUCUCUCUGCUGGCACCGCAGUCAUUGAAGCCAGGACGUCUGUGAACCUCAUUGUAACUAUGGAGAGCAACAACAGAGAGGCAGGGCUGCACUUCCGGCUCACUUACAGAGUCUUGAACGAGCACUACAUUGCAAGCGAGCCCGAGCCUUUCAUCAUGGCCUAUCUCCAUCACGAACCCGCGCCAAACGAGCACAACUGCAGCGCCUCGAAGAAAAUCGGCCUGGAGGCCCUGGCUGGAAGUGACCACAAGCUCUACACCUUCUUCACAUCCCCUCUCACGGAUGACACCACCCAGAAGUAUUACUUCAACAUCACGAACCAUUUCAGCUGGUCGCCAGUGGAGGUGACCCUGGGCUUGUACACCUCCCUGUGCCAGUACUUCAGCGAGCAGGAGAAGCGGUGGAAGACAGAAGGCAUCAUCCCGCUGGAAGAGACCAGGCCAGACCAGGCCGUGUGCCUAACCCAGCACCUCACCGCCUUUGGGGCCAGCCUGUUUGUCCCCCCGAACUCCGUCCAGUUCAUCUUCCCUGCUCCAGGCCCAGGUCUCAACUACAUCGUUCUGCUGACGUGUGCUGUCUGCUUCGUGACCUACUCGGUGGCUGCAUUGAUUGUGCACAAGCUGGACAUGAUUGACAUUAACCGAGUGGGGGUGAUUCCCUUCUGCGGGAAGAACGGGCUGUACAAAUACGAGAUCCUGGUGAAAACUGGCUGGGGCAGAGGAUCAGGUACCACAGCCCACGUGGGGAUUGCCUUGUACGGGGUGGACAGUAAGAGCGGUCACAGACACCUGGACGGAGAAAACGCCUUCCACCGCAACAGCCUCGACGUGUUUCAGAUCGCAACGGAGCGGAGUCUGGGGAGCAUCUGGCGCAUCCGCAUCUGGCACGACAAUAAAGGACUGAGCCCCUCUUGGUACCUGCAACACGUCAUCGUGCGGGACCUGCAGAGCAGCAAGAGCUACUUCUUCCUGGUGAACGACUGGCUCUCGGUGGAGAGCGAGGAGAACGACGGCCUGGUGGAGAAGGAGGUUUAUGCUGCCAGUGAGACGGAGCUGAGGAGCUUCUCGCGGAUCUUCGUGGCGGAGCUGCAGCGGGGUUUCUUUGAGAAGCACGUGUGGCUCUCCAUGUGGGACCGCCCGCCACGCAGCCGCUUCACCCGCGUCCAGAGAGCCACCUGCUGCUCCCUGCUCAUCUUCCUCUUCCUCUGCGCCAACGCCGUGUGGUACGGCGUGGUGGGGAACGUCCACCUCAGCAACGGGGCUGUUUCCAACCUGAUCCCUGUUAAUGUAGACACGGUGGCUGUUGGUUUGGUGUCCAGCGUGGUGGUCUAUCCUCUCUACCUGGUCAUUUUAUUUCUCUUCCGGAUGGCUCGUGGCAAGGUGUCCAUCAACCACACCGUGACUCACUCGGACCAGCAGUCCUUGGAGAUCGACAACUACCUGGACUCCUCGAUCCUGGAGAGCUCCUUCCUCACCUUCCCAGGGCUCCGGGCAGAGGCCUUCUCUGAGCAAACCAAAACAGAUCUGUUCCUGGAGGACUCCAAAAGCCUCGUGCGCUGGCCCUCCAGCGAGGCCCUGCUCAGCUGGCCAGACCUCCUCAGCGACCCCUCCAUCAUGGGCAACACGAUCCAGAAGCUGAAGAGAGGCCGGGCCAGCCGCCACCUGGGCCUGGAGGCCCCGCUGGCGCCGGAGGAGGACAGCUUGUCGCUGGGGGUUCACCAGGGGCAGCCGCGGUACUUCUCGGCCUCAGAUGAGGAUCUCAUACGGCAGAUCCUGGCAGAUGGAGCUAGUGGCAUCUCCCACCCCCAGGACAUGGGGCCGUACAUGAGGGCCGAAACGGAUCUGAUCUCAGGCCUGUCCAGCGUGUUCGGGGAGAAGGUGGAGACCGUCAUGAUGCAGAAGCUGAACGAGAAAGGCCAGAACGUGGCAGCCCCUCCCAGGGAAGUGAGCAGAUCGGCCAAGUCAACCUGGACAGUUGCAGACCAGACGUUCAGGAAGCGUUUGCUGCCACCCUGGUGCUCCUCUCUGGCUCACGGCAUCUGCCUCCUCAUCUUCGCCACCUCCACGGGGGUCUCUGUGUGGAUCGGCGUGGGCUUUUCUUCCAGCGUUGCCCUCAUGUGGCUCAUCUCAGGGAUAUUCAGCUUUUUGGCCUCCUUCUUGGUCUGGGAGCCCCUGAAGGUUCUCCUGGAAGCCCUCUAUUUCUCACUGGUUGCCAAGCGCCUGCACCCCGAGGAAGACGACACCUUGGUGGAGCACCCGUUUGUUGAGCACGUUUCUGAGAAGAUCAGCAAGGUCCGACCCCCGCAGGGGUUUGCCCUUUUCCAGGCCAAGGAGGAGGCCAGGAAGGUCAAACUGCUGCACAAGAUGCUGAAGAACUUCCUCAUCUACAUGCUGUUCUUGCUGGUGAUCCUGCUCACCAACUACGGAGAUGCCUCCCGCAACAGCAGGACCUUCCUUCUGCAGAGCUCCAUCAAGCAGCAGCUGGGCAGCAACGAGUUCCUCCGCAUCAAGAGGUCGGAUCAGUUCUGGGUGUGGAUGUCGCAGGUUUUCCUCCCUUUUCUCUACAACAACCGGUCGGGGCAGGAGAGCUCCAGCACCACGCUGGGGGCAGCCCGGCUGCGCCAGCUCCGGCUGCGGGAAGGGCCUGGGUCCCGUUGGUUCCUCUCCCUCCGACUCCUCCAGGGCUGCGCGUGUCCCUGGGGGCUGCACAGCAGCGUGGGGCUGCUCCUGGGGCCGGGGGGCAGCCGUGCAGCCCUGCAAGAAACCGGCAGCGGGAGGAGAGUCUGGUACUGGGGUUACAUCUCUUUCUACGAUAGCGGUGGCUACGUCCAGGAGCUUGGGGCGUCCCUGGAGGAAAGCAGGGCUCAGCUGAGCUUCCUGCAGCAGCACACCUGGAUCGACAACAUGAGCCGGGCGGUCUUCGUGGAGCUGAUGCAGUACAACCCCAGCGUGGACCUGCACGCGGCCAUCACCCUGCGCCUCGAGUUCCCGGGCGCCGGCCAGGCCGUGGCUGCCGUCACCAUCAGCCCCUUCCCGCUGCUGCGGCUCAGCGGGGGCGUCACCCUGCAGCUCCUCAUGAUGGUCUUCCUCAUGAUGUUCGUGGUCUACUUCGUGGUGUCUGAGUCGCUGGCCAUCAAGAAGGAGGGCAGGGCCUACUUCACCCUGUGGGGCAACUAUGGCCAGUGGGUCUUCAUCCUGCUCACCACGUGCACCGUGGUGGUGCACCUCAGCCAGGCCACCCUCGCCGACCAGCAGUGGCUCAAGUACCUCAACAACCGCAAGGGCUUCACCAACUUCUACCAGGUGGCCCUUCUCAACACGGUCUUCAGCACCUUGGCUGCCUCCCUCCUCUUCCUCCUGACCGUGCAGGCCGCGCAGCAGCUGCGCUUCGUCAGGCAGUGGUCCGUGUUCGGGAAGACCCUCCAGAAGUCCCUGAAGGAGCUGAUGGCCGCGGGGCUGGUGUUCGCCGUCCUCAUCCUGGCGUAUGCCCAGCUCGGCUUCCUGCUCUUCUCCUCCUCCUCGGAGUCCUUCCGCAGCGUGGGCAGCAGCCUCCUGCUGCUCUUCGCCAUGGUGCGGGGCAGCGCCAGCCUCCGCGCCGGCCUGCCCGAGCCGUGCGGCCCGUUCGCGCUGUUCUGCAGCAGCUCCCCGCUGCUGCUCGUGCUGCGGCUCUUCGCGGCCGUGCUGCUCUCCGGCUACCGCGAGAUGCACUUGGAGCUCUACCGGCCGGCCUUCGAGCCGCAGGACUACGAGAUGGUGGAGCUCUUCGUGCGCAGGCUCAAGAUGUGGAUGGGCUUUAGCAAAGCCAAGGAGUUCCGCCACAAGGUGAGGUUUGAAGGGAUGGAGCCCCUGCCCUCCCGAGACUCCAGCGACUCCAAGUCCUUCCGCGGCCCCACUCCCAGCGCGGCCUCCGACAGCUCGCGGGCCUCCACGUCCUCCAGCCAGCUGGACGGCCUCAGCCUCGUGCUGAGCACCCGCGACAGCCUGGAAGUGGACCUCCACAGGCCCUGCCGUGGCCGCGGGCACCGUUCCCAACACUCACAGCUCGUCACAAAGCAGCAGCUCAGGUACACGGUACGGCCCCGGGCACGCAGGGUAGGGGCCAAUGCCCACGACAGGGGCCACAUCAGCCCCCAGCAAGGAGCGCUCAGCCUCAUUCCCAGCUGCCGCCACCAUGCCAAGUCAAGCAUCUUUUGGAACAGGGAAGAUCAUGCGUACGCCUCGGCACACUUACCAGCCGCACAGCCAGGGCCCGGCCUUGUCCUCACGGAGCUGGCAGAAAUUCUGCAGCUGACCCAGCUCAGUCCUCGCAGUCAGUCCCAGGGGUCCAUCUGUCACAAGUGA